UGGCCAGCAGUGCUGUGGAGCAGCCCUCGCAGUACGUGUCUGUUACUCGCAACACAGCUUUGGUAGCGCGAGACGGGCUAGGUACAGAGCUUGAGCAUUUCAGGCUGCUGCUCUGCCUGCAGGCUCUCCUUGGCCCUGCGCUGGCGCGCCCGUGGCGCCGCGAAACGGCAUAGCCGUAGCUUCAAACGUCGCAUCAUUCGACCAAUAGCACACCAACAAGGCGCAAUGCUGCGCCACGCACCCCUGCGCGCGCUACGACACCGUACAAGGCUGCAGCGGCGGCCACCACUUACAACACACUGCGCGACGCUAUCGACGCGACGGCACGCAUGCAACAGCAUCACAAACCACGCGCGCCGACGACGACUAGAACAAAUGCGCGCAUUUUCGUCCGCGCGCGAGCGAGCGCGAGCGGCCGCCGCGGAGGAACUCAAACAAAAGAACCAGCGCAUGCUCCUGUACGGAAGCGCCCUCGCCAUCUCCACGUUGGCAUUAUGCUACGCGUCCGUACCGCUCUACAAGGUCUUCUGCCAGGCGACUGGGUUCGGAGGCACGACGAAAAGGGCCGAGAAGGACACUUUAGAUCUACUAAAGCCGGCGGAAACUUCAAGAGUCAUCAGGGUGACCUUUGAUGGUUCUGUAAGUGAUUCCCUGCCUUGGUCGUUCGUUCCAGCACAACGCGACGUGAGGGUCGUGCCCGGGGAAUCGGCAUUGGCCUUCUACGUGACGACGAAUCACAGCGACAAGGCGAUCACGGGCGUGGCCACGUACAACGUCAUGCCGCCCCAGGCCGGGCCCUACUUCGUGAAGAUCCAGUGUUUUUGCUUUGACGAGCAGCGGUUGCAAGCGGGGGAGGAGGUCGACAUGCCCGUGCUGUUUGUCAUCGACCCGAAGUUUCUGGAAGAUCCCUCGCUCAAGAGGGUGUCGAACAUCGCGCUGUCGUACAACUUCUUCCGGACGGACGACGAGGACGAGGAGGAGGAUGAGGCGUGAUCGUCCACGCCGGCGGGGCGCGGCGCCAGCGAAUGACCGUGCUGCCAAGACUAAUGUGUGUUUUGUAUA